CGCGUCGACAGGAGCAGACAGGCACUCUCCCCCCUGAGAGGGGCGGUCGGGUGUAUGUACAGCCUAGCUGUCACAUGCAGACUCACAGCAUCAUCGAGGAAGUCGAGGUUCGCGGUGUGGCUUGGCUCUGGACUUCCCAGGGGAGGUUGUCGAGAGACGUCUAACUCGGGUUUUUGCUGUACUAACUGUCUGUCUUCCCCAAGAGUUUAGGCGCUAGUGGGAGCGAGAGGAGAUCCAUUCAGACAACGUUUCUAGGCCUAAGUUUUCUCUCUGGAGAAGGCGGGUGGCUGGAUCCUGCCCUUGGCCGUGCCUGCUUCCCGAGAACUGGUUGUCCCCGGCUCGCUCGGUCCGUCCGUGUCCAUCGGAAUUGUCGAUUUUCGGUAGAUUAGAACUUGCGCAGUUCCGUUUUUUUGCGUGAAGAGACGCGGCAGCUCCUGACUUCGCGAGCAGAUCUGACCGGUUUCAGUGGAAUGUGCCGAGAUUUUGAUAUUGCCAGCGCGCGAACCUCGGUAUCUCGCUCCCCCCCGACACUCUCGUAGGGGCUGUGGCUGUCACAAACCCAAGCAGGUCGCCGAGCUGGAGGCCUGUGCCCAAGGGUUUUCAAGUUAGAACAUGUAAUUGGUUUCGAAUGCUUAUUGCGGAUUGUAAUACCGGAGGAGUUACAGGCCUCUUUUUUCAAUACAUCGGGUCGUCUUUUUUAAGAGACUGACUGUGUCCGAACGGUCCAGCUUCGGUCUUGACCUGUCUUUGUGGCGGGAAACAGGAGACUCUCGCACAGACUGCACUUUUCCACUAUGCCGCCGCGAAUCCUGUAUCUCCACGGCCUGGAGGGCGGCCGUGGGUCGGAGAAAGAGAAGAUGCUGGAGAAGGUUUUUGGAAAGCAAGAUGUGAAGGCUGUCAAUCUCAAGACGCGCCAGACGAUCAUGCUAUUUACUGGGCUGUUCACCCUCUUGGCCGUCUUAUUUAUUUGUGGCUUUGUGGCCUGUUUCGUGUUACUCAAGUGGUACAUCGGUCUUUUGGUAACACUCCUAGGCAUCCUCGUGCUGGCUGGAGGUUACUGGGUUGCCGGCAGGGUCGUCACUCAGUAUAUGGUGAAGCAGGCAAAACGGCUGGCAGAGAAGAAGUUCAAAGAAUUCAGGCCGAAUGUGAUAGUUGCCGAGACAUUUGGAGCGGUCGUCGCUUUGAACAUGAAUGUCCCUAAAGUGGCGAUGAUUUUGCUAUCUCCAGCGCAGGACCAGUACACUCGGUUCAUGAAGAUGAGCACGUACUGGGGAAUCGGUGCAUAUCCAUACGUCAUGGUUGUCCACGGAUCCCACGACAAAACCAUUCCCCUUGAUGACUCCGUUCGCCUUAUCGAGACCAGCGAAGUGGGCCGAUGCAGACUGGAAGUUGUUGAUGACAAUCAUGCACUGAAGGGUGUAACAGAGGAAGACCUUCAGAACUGGGUGAAAGAAGUUUACACAAUCGGGAAGCAGCAAGCUAAAAAGAUGGCCGCAGCUGGUGACAAGCAGGUGGAUCUUUCCCUCUUCGGCGACGAUGAUGAUGAUGUCAAAACAUCUGCUGGAACAUCUGAUGCAGUUUAAGCGAGAUAAUCUGCAUCCUCGGGGUGCGAAGAGAUUAACAAGGCAGCAUAAUUCAGAAGCAUCCGACGAAAGUUUCGAUUCGCAUGCUGAAUGAACGUUCAUUUGUUUGCCCACCAAUACUUGGGGAUUCUCGAACCAGUUGUUCUAGAUGUCCUACUGAGUUACAUUUUAUGGGCACAAAGUGUGAAAUUAAAAAGAAGAAGCAUCGAGAUGCGCUUCUAACAUUGUAAUAACAUUUUAAUGAUGUUGCUCGUCGCGUACAAAAACCCGCAUCAAAAAAACGCCACUAACGUGUCAGAUGGAGUCAUUGACAUCAGUGUUUCACGCUGUAACAUCACGAUUGACAACGGUGACUUGGACAUCAACGCAGUUGCUCUGUGUUGGACUAGGCGCGGGAGUUGCUUCGAAGAGUGCCGGAGGAACAACCUGUCUGGGUGAAACUUCUGUCCGUUUCCGUGGGGAAUACGGGACUGCGGACGAGGACUGGUGUUCGACUUAAGAGGGAUGCGCGGCUGCCUCCACCCUCACGAAAAGGAAUACGAGCAACGAAGGACAGGAACUGUCCCCGAGCGAAACGGAGAGUGUUGUUGUUGUCUUCUCGUGUUCACGUUUUUCGAUUCAUCGGUGGUUUGUGGUUAACCCGAGCUCUUUUUUCUGCUCGACACGACGUUGAGAAACACACCAGAUGUGUUCCUCUAGAUUUGUUACCACGCGAUGCUGUUGGGUGCAGGCCGAGAACUGCCAGACACAUGUGGAUGUGAAAACGAUCGUUGCGGUUGUCCAGUUCAAUUCUUCAUCAGUUCGUCCCUCUACCGGCAAAGGCUCACUCGCAGAAAAACCUCGGGCAUGGACAGAUGAUCAGUCUGCCGCGUGGUCAUACACGCCGGACCGUCUGCCCAUGAAGGCGGUUCUUGACAGAGCAGAAGAGAGCGACGCAUGUGGGUG